AUGGACAUCAAUUCGCUUCUCUCCCACGAUGCAGCGCCCGCCAACCAGGCCCGUAACGCCCCUACCAACCCUCCACGCAGAAGGCAAUCACACAAUAUUCGCUCCAACCCAGCGCGACAGAACAUGACUUCCUCGCCUCUCGUCCACCAGGUGCUGACGCCUUCAAACCUGCGCGACUCUUCCCCGCCUACCAGAAGUCCAGUCGUGGGCCCUGUGCGGUCAAGUGGUGCAACGCCGCCAUCUGCCGACUUGCCUCCCACUCGACAAGCGUCAACCCCAGGAAUGGACACGCUCGCAGAUCUGGCAUCGAUGCAGCAGCAUCAACCCCAACGAUCGAACGCGCCCAGACUCAGGAACACGGAAUCCUACGAGAGCCAGUUGUCCCCAUCCACCAUGUACCCCAACGUGCCUCCCGUCGCUCACACAACCCCAACACCCCGCCCUUAUGAAAAGGCGAUGUCUGACGGAUCGGGAGAUUCGCCUAGGAGGGACUAUUCUAACACAUGCCUAAACCCAGAUGCCAGGAAACAGGCGACCGAGCUUUGCGCGGAGAUCCAACGCAACCCUCAUGCCUACGACUGCCGCGUCAAGUUCAUCAAAUUGCUCCAUCAAGGCUUUGUUGACCAUGUAUACCCUCCAUCGUCCCCGGGCUCUCGCGGCGAUCCCCACCGAUACGAUGUUCUGAGAGACCUUCGAGCAGCGCGAGAAGAGCUAGACAACUUAUUCGCGAUCGGUGAGGAUUUGUGGGUAGAGUGGAUACAAGACGAGAGCUUGCUUGCUCGCACGGUGGAGGAACGCAUAUCGGUGAUGGAGUUGUGCCAAAGAUCCGUCGAGGAGGAGUUUGGAAGCACCAAACUAUGGAUAAUCUAUGGUGACUGGAUGUUAUACCUUUAUGAUGCUGCCUCCAAACCUGGUGAAACAGCCUCCCAAGGCCAGUGGACUGAAGAGGAUAAGACUGUAGGCCGGGAAGUGUUUAGCUGGCAGUCUGUCAUGGAAGUGUGGAGAAAAGGCGCCGAGGCCACGAGAUGGCAUAUCAACGACAGUCACCUGGUCUGGAAUCGAUACCUUGAACUCGCUAUGCGCGAACUUGCGAGCUCACCCACGCCCGACAAAGCAUCACAGGUUCGCGGACUCUUUGAAAGCAGACUUCAAACGCCCCAUUUGGCCUGGGACCAGACUUUCCAAAUAUUCUCCAACUUCGUUUCUACCUACUAUAAUGCGAGCUACGAGGAUACCAUGGUCAGUACAAAUGCAAAAGCGGGAGACAUCAAGGCCACUUGUGACGCCAGAGAACCAAAUGAAUUGGCGUUACAACGUGCAGUCGAAUCGGGGGACACUGCCGCAGAAUGGUCAGCUUAUACCCAAUAUCUUGAUUUUGAGACCUCGCAUAAACACAAGAAACCUAUCUUUGGUUUUCAGCUGCGGACGGCCUUGUACCAGCGUGCUCUACUACGAUUUCCAACCGACGCAAACCUUUGGGAUGAUUAUGUUAUUUCCGUCGUCAGUGAAUCCAUGCACCACCACGUGAACGAACCGGUUAUCCCAAUAAUAGAGCGUGCUGCAAGGCACUGUCCCUGGUCAGGUUCGUUGUGGUCGCAGCUGUUACUUUCUGCUGAACGGGCUGGUUAUUCUUUCCAGGAAAUCUCGGACCUGAAGCAUAAGGCUACUCGUACCGGACUACUUGAGGCCGCGGGAGUGGCUGAAGUGUUGAAGGUCCACACUACCUGGUGCAGUUAUUUGCGACGGCUACCAUUCCAGUCCAACUCCACCGAUGAAGACUUGGAUGUCGCUGAAGUGGGGAUGCGAUCUGCAAUCGAGAGUGUCCAAGCUAUCGGCGAUAGAGGCGACAAGGCGGUCCCGAAUGACCCGCUCUUCCGACUAGAACGGAUAUAUAUCCGUUACCUUAGUGAGACCGGCAGCUGGGACAGCGCUAGGGAGACGUUCAAAGGUCUCGUUAGUCGCCACGGACAUAGUUACGAAUUCUGGUUAAUGUUCUACAACUGGGAGCUCCUAUGCUGGAGUAAAUUUACACAGGGUGAUGGCCCCAGGAAGGCCCCAAGUCCACACUAUGCGACUGCGGUUUUGAAGCAAGCCCUGCAAAAAGAGGAUCUUGAUUGGCCUGAGAAGAUUAUGGAUACUUAUAUCGCACAUUGCGAGCAAUACGAGGAUGCCGAGGAACUUCAAUUAGCCAUCGUCGAGAUUCGCCAGGUCGCAAAACGUGUUGCAAAGCGUCGGGAAAAGGAAGCAUUAGAAGUGGCGACCCAACAGCAGGCCACUGUUGCUCAGGCAGUACAAGAAGCUCAGCAUAACGUGGAAGAGGCUGCUGCACACGCUGGGAAGCGCAAGCGCGAAUCCGCAGAUAUCAACGGAGUAGCGAGCAAGAAGCCUAAGGCGGAGGUUAGUGAAGCCAAAUCCACAGAGCACGAUGCGGUGCAAUCCCUUCCGAAACGAGACCGCGAGAAUUCGACCGUUUCAGUAAAGAAUCUGCCUAAAGACGUCCCCAUCCUCAAAAUCCGGCAAUUCUUCCGUGACUGCGGUAAAAUUAAUUCGCUUAAGCUCAUCCCGGCAGAUGGGAAUUCUGCGUCUGCGAUAGUCGAAUUUGAUACCAAGGAGGAUGCUGAAGCAGCCCAAACUCGAGACCAAAAGGUUUUGGAAGGACGUACAAUCAGCGUUCAACUGGAAACAAAGGCCACUCUUUUUGUCACAAACUUCCCACCUGAGGCCGAUGAGGCGUAUAUCCGUCGUAUUUUCGGCCCAUACGGGGAGAUUGCUGAGGUGCGGUUUCCUUCUCUCAAAUUCAAUACGCAUCGCCGAUUCUGCUAUGUGCAGUUUGCUUCUACUGUCGAUGCGCACGCAGCACUCGAAUUAGACCAGGAGCCUGUAGGCGAAAAUCUCCAUCUCGUGGUAAAGAUAUCCGAUCCCUCAAAACGCCAAGCACGUUCGGGGGCCUUCGAAGAGGGCCGUGAGAUACACAUCUCCAACCUUGAUUGGAAGGCUACCGAAGACGAUUUGGUUGAGCUUUUCAUGGCCUUUGGAAAGGUCGAAGUCGCCCGUAUCCCUACAAAAGCCGAUGGUGGCAGUAAGGGAUUCGGGUUUGUAGCAUUUUCUACUCCUGAAACAGCAAAUGCUGCCUUGGCAAUGGAUCAGAAAGAAUUCCGUUCCAGGCCGCUUCGCGUCAAGUUAUCUUCGCAUACUGGCGCCAAACGGUAUUCUACUGCAAUACUUUCCCGCAUUGGAAGGUCAAAAUCUCCGUCGAUGGAACCAAACGGUGGUGCAUCACCAGCGUCAGCGGCUAUCAGCCAAGGCGAUUUGCCCGUGGGUGAAAAGAAGCUUCGGACCCUUGGUUUGAUGAAUAUUCCGGACACCGUGAAUGACUCUCGCAUCCGUACUCUUGUCGAGCCCUACGGUCCUCUCGUAAAGAUUAUUCUUCGUCCCGACCAUCAAGGUGCGAUGGUUGAGUUUCGGGAUGUUGGCGAUGCUGGAAAAGCGGCGCUCGGCCUUGACGGUCGGGAAAUCGCGCCGGGCCGUCGAAUCCAUGUCGGGCCGGUAUCUGAAAUGCUUAAGCAGCCCGCCGAACACAAGGUUGACCGCCUUGAGGUUGGAAAACAAAAGCAAAACCAGAAACCGACGUUGAUGACGCAGCCAGCGGCCCCUAUAAUGAGACCUGGCCAACAAGGCCGAGCCGGGAAAAGAGGUGGGCUAGGUGUCAAAAGAGGUGCCUUCAAGGGAAAGACCACCACUGCCGACAAUACAGGAGGGAGAGAAGGGGGGCAUCUCAACGAUGGCGGAACGGCAACUCAUGAGGGUGCAUCGACACAAGCUCCGAAGUCGAAAAGCAACGACGAUUUUCGGGCUAUGCUGGGCCAAACCAAAGCCAAGCCUGCGGGGGCAUGA